UUGUUACGGCUGAUAUACAUUGGGCUUAUGUCCCAAAACCUCCUAUAUUUCAUCCCGUCACCUGGGAAGAUCCUUCCCCCUCUGUAUUUACUAAUAAUUCUGCAUUACUGGGGGGCGAAACCAUAUUUUGGAACCCUCAGGGCUUUAAUUCUAAUUAUUCCUAUUCUGGUAUGUCAGAUAAUCCUCCUAUUUGUAUUCAAUUAAGAAAUUUGCGAAAAACUAUCCCUGGCUGUAUUCCUUUUGGCUUCAAAUCAAUGAUUACUGACUCACCUAAUGGAAAUCAAAACCAACGGCCUUACAGAUUAUUAUGGGCUCUACGCCUCAUCCUUCCAGAAAAAACUGACUUUCUUAAAGGUAUCCCAAAAGUACACACUCCUCUUUUUCCUACCUGUGAUAAGUCGCCUCCUGAGGAUUCUAAGAGCAAUCAAGAUUGGGCUAUGAUUGACCCUUCAAAAGGAUUUCCUAUUUGGAGAAAUUGUAUGUAUAAUUCACAAGUUGUAUAUGCUUUGCCUAAAAUGUCUGCACGUCUUAUUGAUUGUAGUAUUUUAAAUCCUGAAGAUGAUUAUCGUCUAUUUUUACAAUCAGCUCGAUAUCGUUUUAAUUGGCAAGAUACCUUAGUCCCUCUCCCACAAAAAGUUAAUCGUUGGCAUAUAAAUGGAUGGGUUCCCCCUAUUCUUUCUACCUUCACGGGUAACAUACAUCCAUCUUUGUGGAGACUGGCAACUGCUGCCGGCAAUGUCACUUUGUCCCGUCCUUUUAAUAAUGAGAGUUUUGAUAUUCAAGCUUGUGUACCUGCUCCAUAUGUGUUAUUAAUUAGCCGCAACAAUCACUCUAGUAUUGUUAUAGAAAACAAGAAAAAACAUUAUGUUAGUUCUUGUAAAAAUUGUAUACUGACCAGUUGUAUAAAUCCUGCAAUUCCUGUCGAAAGUAUGAUGAUUUUACAACAGCCAAAAUAUAUUAUGAUUCCUGUACAUUUACAAGAAGAUUGGUAUGAUGAUUCAGGCCUAGAAGCCUUAAAACAAGCUUCUGCUAUUUUAUCUCGAGCCAAACGGUUUGUAGCAGCUUUAAUACUGGGGAUUUCCGCUCUCAUAGCUUUAGCAACUUCUCUUUCACUUUCUGCUAUGGCGUUAACACAACAGAUUCAUACUGCAAACUAUGUAAAUAAUUUAAGUAAAAAUAUUACUCUAGCCUUAGCCACACAAGAAGCCAUUGAUAGAAAAUUACAACAAGAAGUUAAUGCCCUUGAAGAAGCAAUUCUAUAUAUAGGACAAGAAAUCACUAAUCUCAAAGUGCGACUUACUUUGAGAUGCCAUUCAUCUUCUGAAUCUUAAAUCAAGCUAUCCAAAAGGUGGCUUCAGAUCUUCAUCUAGCGAAAUUAAAAAAUAAAAAAGGGGGAGAUGCUGGGAGCCAGGCUGCAAGGGCAGCCUCUCUGCACCCACUGCCCCCAGCAUAAACAUCAAAGAAUCCCUGAAAAGUCAGGAGGAGCCAGGCUGCAAGGGCGGCCCCUCUGCACCCACUGCCCCCAGCAUAAACAUCAAAGAAUCCCUGAAAAGUCAGGAGGAGCCAGGCUGCAAGGGCGGCCCCUCUGCACCCACUGCCCCCAGCAUAAACAUCAAAGAAUCCCUGAAAAGUCAGGAGGAGCCAGGCUGCAAGGGCAGCCUCUCUGCACCCACUGCCCCCAGCAUAAACAUUGAAGAAUUCCUGAAAAGUCAGGAAGAGCCAGGCUGCAAGGGCGGCCCCUCUGCACCCACUGCCCCCAGCAUAAACAUCGAAGAAUUCCUGAAAAGUCAGGAAUAUCUCUGUCAUCUGUGUUAUGUUUCUAUUUCAUUUUCAGCCUGUAUAUAGCAGAAUGUAUAAGCAUAAAAUUCCAUUAUAGAUUUAGGGACCUUUGGACGGGGGGCGUCCUACUCAUAAUCCCCUGGUGAAAUCUCGGGUAGGGACAGCCCGUGUGUUACUUGGGGAUCAACAUGAAGUUGUCUUAGGGGAAAAACAAAUAGCUCGACUAUGGAAAACAAGAAUAGGAUGGUGAAAUCCUGGUAUUUACCAAGGCCCUUUUUGUGAUUAAACCACCACCCACACAUGACCCCAUAAAAGUGGAAAAACAAAAGGCAGUGAGUUCUCUCAGCCAAUCUCUCAGCCAAUUACAGGUCAACUUUCUCGUCCACCCCGCUCACUGCUGCGCUUGACUGGUCUUUGGGUAUAGAGAUUGGGCUAAUUGUCCUUGGCAUAAUCGUGGACAAUAUGACGUAACCCAAAGUGGCUGGGCUUCAGGAACUUGACCACCCUGGACAAGAUGGACAAAGCCUAUGUAACAAUGAUUUUGCAAAAAGAUUAAUUGUUAUAAAAACUGUGGAAGGUAUUGCAAGAUUAAGCAUAAGUGUAAAGCAAUAUGAAGUCAAUUAUUAUUUUGUGUAAAAAUAUAUCAACAAAAUAUUCUCUUCAAUUAAACAAAAAACUCAUUGUACUUGUGUAUGUAUGCGGAACUGUACUAUGUGUCACUUGGAAAAUUAUGUCUCUGGGAAAUGAUGUUUAUGAUUAUAUCUUGUACUGCCCCUUUAUUGAUCAUGCGAUGUUAUGCUUUUGUAAGCUUAUGAUAUAAAAGACCAUGUAAAAAAUAAAGAGCAGAGCCUUCCUUUUCUGCAGAAUGAAAA